AUGACUCUGCCUCCCGUCCUUUCUUACUCGUCUGGUGUUGCCUCCAACAAGCAUCCUGCACGGGCAAUAGACGCCCAUCCCUGCAGCCGUCACGCAAAAAAACCCAAAUCCAAAAGGUCAAGGGCCUCUGCAAAUCCAAAAGCGGCCAGUCCACGCCGGCUUGAUGCCAUGCAGCAGGGGGAUGGAGUGCUUCUGCCGGAGCCAUCUCCUCCUGUUGAGUUUAGCUGGCUUGUUCCCGGCUCUGGCUCGCCUCGCAGCUGGUUAGCUUCCUCGAUCGCCAAAAGGUCCCAGUUUUCCCAUACCUACAAACACACCUCUUGCUGUCUUGCUAUAUUUCAAUUGCUUGCUUUCUUCCUUUCCUCUUCCACCCUUCUGCCCAUUCUCCCGGCCGGCUCAAGCAUGCCUACCCACCACCGACCUUCACACUCAUCCAGGCAAACCCGCCCGCUCGAUUGCUUCGCCGCCGCUCAGCUGCUUGAAAUAGAAACGGCACAAAAACACACCACAUCGAUAAUCCGCUUUUCCAGCUCGCCUAUUAUUGUCUUGUGCAACCCGUCGUGUUGUUCUCUAGCCCAUCUUGCUUGUGCGACUCACUUUGCCGGUACGCUCGCUCGCUCCUGCAUUGCCCUGCCUCCUGCCUCUUGCCUGCCUUGCCCUGCCCGUCCGUCUGCGUCACUCUCCCUGCGUCACUUGCCCUUUUUUCCCGCUCUUCAUAACCAGCCCGCAACACCUCCUGAAACCCUCGCGCCUUCUUUCACGCUUGCUUGCUUGUUUCUUUCCUCUUCUACAGAGCUCGGCCCCGCCGCACCCACACACCCUCCGCCAAACGUCGGAAUCUUCCGGCGUGUCGACGGUGAUGGCGUCCUCGACAUCAACGACCCGUGGCCCGUCAAGGACAUUGUCUACACUUCCAUAGUGGGCGCCGUCAUGCUGGCUGCUCUUCUCGAGUGGUUUCUCUGGGUUGCCGCCUUUCUCUACUGCCUGGUCAAAUGCUUCCAAAAAGCCGAAUACCUCAGCAUCAAGAUCCUCUCCGUGAUAAUGAUGAUCAUCUUCACCGCCCUCCGUUCCAUUUUCCUGCCCAUCAUGAUCGUCACUCUACCUUUGCCCUCGCAGGUCACCAAGUAUUUCCCCAGGGAAAUGGUCAGCUUCCUCCAGUGGUUUGCCUUUUGGUCCUUCGCCGGUCUUCUGACCAUCCCUUGGUUGUUCUGCGUCUAUCAACUAGUCACCCAUUCGGUUGGCCGAACCAAAAGGAUCAAGACGGUUCUCGACGAGGCUUCUGCGCCCAAGGUCGUCAUCAUUAUGCCCUGCUACAAGGAAAUCCCCGAAAUCCUUCUUCGGACUGUCGACUCGUUGGUCGAUUGCGAUUACCCUCCAUCCUGCCUCCACAUCUUCCUCUCCUUUGACGGAGACCAGGAGGAUGAGUUGUAUCUCAACACCAUUGAGAAACUCGGCGUCCCCCUGACCCUCGAUUCCUACCCCAAGUCUAUCGACGUGACAUACCGAAGCUGCCGAAUCACCGUCUCCCGCUUCCCCCACGGUGGAAAACGAAAGUGCCAGAAGAUGACUUUCAGGCUCAUCGACAAAAUCUACACCGAAUACCUGAAGCGCAACGACAACCUUUUUGUUCUCUUCAUCGACUCCGAUUGUAUCCUGGACAAGGUCUGCAUCCAGAACUUCAUGUACGAGAUGGAAUUGAAGCCCGGAAGCAAGAAGAACAUGUUGGCCAUGACUGGUGUCAUCACGUCUACAACCGAGAAGAACUCCCUCAUCACGCUUCUCCAGGAUAUGGAGUACAUCCACGGCCAGCUUUUCGAGCGCUCCGUCGAAUCUGGCUGUGGUGCUGUCACUUGUUUACCCGGUGCCCUUACUGUCCUUCGUUUCUCUGCUUUCCGCAGAAUGGCCAAAUACUACUUCGCCGACAAAGCUGAGCAGUGCGACGACUUGUUCGACUACGGCAAAUGCCAUUUGGGCGAGGAUCGUUGGUUGACCCAUUUGUUCAUGAUUGGCGCCAAAGAGCGAUACCAGAUACAAAUGAACACCGGAGCUUUCUGCAAAACCGAGGCUGUCCAAACAUACCAAUCUCUCCUGAAGCAGCGUCGCCGCUGGUUCCUGGGUUUCAUCACCAACGAAGUCUGCAUGUUGACUGACGUCCGUCUGUGGAGACGCUACCCCAUCCUCUGCGUUGUGCGAUUCAUGCAGAAUACCAUUCGUACUACGGCUUUGCUUUUCUUCAUCAUGGUUCUCGCCAUCAUCACUACCUCUCAGAAAAUUGCCAAUCUCCCGGUCGGUUUCAUCGCCAUCUCGCUCGGUCUUAAUUGGGUUCUUAUGCUUUACUUUGGCGCUAAACUCGGCCGCUACAAGAUCAUGAUGUACCCCAUCAUGUUCGUCAUCAAUCCUUUCUUCAACUGGGUCUACAUGGUUUAUGGUAUCUUCACUGCUGGACAGCGUACUUGGGGUGGUCCCCGUGCUGAUGCCGGAUCUGCCGACACCGAAACGACUCCUCAGGAAGCCAUCGAGCAGGCUGAAGCCACUGGCGACGAUCUCAAUGUCGUUCCGGAGACAUUCAAGCGAAGCAAGAGCGUCAAGCGACCUGCUGUUGUACCGCUCCAACCGUCCGAGCAUGUCGAGGGCCGCUUUGCCCCUGCCCAGCAACUUCCAGGCGGAUGGUACGAGCAAGGAAACGACUCUGGUCUCACGUUGCCCAACAUGAUGCCCAGGAAUCCCAACGUGCCCAAUGUACCCCUUCACCCCCGCUCUUCUAUGGACUCCUUUGUGUCUGGAACCUCUGCGAACAACUCCAUCUACAUGCCCCGCCGCGUCGAGAGUUUCAUGGAUCCGGAAGAUGCUCGACUUUACCACAAGACCCAGGCCAACCAGAAACCUGCUGGAGGUGCCUACUUCGAAGCCCCUCAGAUGGAUCCCAAUUCGCCUUACCAAGUCGGAGCUGGAUCAUCAAAACAGCCUUUCCACGAAUCUGUUGACUCACUGUCCGAUGAGUCCGUGAACUACAACACCGCCAAAUUGCCGCAGAGGCCACCGCACUCUCGAGGAAACAGCGAUCAGCACGUCAGUCCCUAUGCUCCCUCGACCAACUCUCCUCUCGCUACUCAAUACGGGCAAGCCGCUCCCCUUGAAGCGCCCAAGGCCGCAUACAGUCAAUCAUCGCAGCGUGACACCGCCGGCUCGAACCAACGCAUGGGGCGAUCUCCCCUCGCCCAGCACAAUGCCGUUGCCGCCGCACCUGAGCAAGGGCUAGGGUACGAGAUGCAGCAGCAGUCGCGCAGUUUGAUGCGUGAUGCCUCGCCUGUUUCGCCCAACGAAGCACCUGUCCAACCGAGCGCCCAUCAACGGAACGAGUCUCGCGACUCCCAGGGCAAGAGGCGGAAGAGGCUCACCAAGACCCAACCCGGUAGCGGUAGUGGUUGA